CUUCAAUGCGUAGUCUGAUACGGGCAUAAGGAUAUAGGUCACAGAUCGCGUUAUCGCAUAUAUAUAGUUGCUCUUAUCAGUCUGCCACAUGUGUAUAUAUACGUUGCAUCUCAUGAGUUGUAUUCUAAUUUUUUUCUCGGUCUCCUUUAACUUAUCCUUACCUUUUCUGCGUUUUCGGAAUAAAAAUGUUACGGGUGAUAAAACCCGUGAUAGAUAUGUGUAAGGUGAAAGCUCCGAAGAGCAUCGUCGUAGAUUGUGACGCCGGUUUAGACGACGCUUUAGCUUUGAUUAUUCUCUUGGCAGGUCACGUCAAUAAUAAAAUCAAAGUUAAAGCCGUGACUUGCGUUAACGGGAACACCAAUGUAAACAAUGUGGUGAAAAAUGUAUUCAGAACGCUGAAUGUAUGUGGUUGCCAGGAAAUACCAGUUUAUCGAGGUGCAUACUCGCCUUUACUGAAUACUCCAAAUGCCAAGGAGACAGCAUCCGAGGGAUAUCAUGGAUCCGAUGGAUUUGGAGAUGUGUACACUGAUGAGCCAGAGAUGGAUAGACUGCAGAAGGAACAUGCCGUGUGCGCUCUGCACAGAAUUAUAUCAGAGGAUCCUGGUAACGUCUCUGUGGUCUGUUUGGGUCCCUUGACAAAUGUAGCAAUGGCUAUAAAAAUGUAUCCUGAUUUUGUGAAUAAUGUAAAGGAGUUUUUUGUGAUGGGAGGAAAUUCAACUGGGCAGGGUAAUAUAACUUCGCAGGCAGAAUUUAAUUUCUAUGCAGAUCCAGCAUAUCUAAAAUAUUUCCAUAUUUAA